AUGGUGGAGAAGCGGUGCCCGCGGCUGCAGCGGGACGGCGUGUACCGCUGGUUCUCCGAGCUGCCCUCGCCGCAGCGCGUGGAGUUCCUCUGCGGCCUCCUGGACCUCUGCAUCCCGCUGGAGCUGCGCUUCCUGGGCGCCUGCCUGGAGGACCUGGCCCGCAAGGACUACCACUCCCUGCGCGACUCGGAGAUCAAGGCCAACAACCCCGCCGACCUGGGCAGCCUCACCAACCUGACGGACGAGGUGGUGCGCAGCAAACUUCUGGUGUCGCUGGCCCUGCUGGGCUCGGCGCACCGGGAGGCGGCCGGGGUCCUCUUCCGCACCCUCACUCACAUCGAUUCCGUCAUCAACAACUACGGGCUGCAGCUCAACGAGGGCCGCACGGGGGAUGAGUUCCUCCUGCUCUUCACCAUGGCAUCCAACCACCCUGCGUUCAGCUUCCACCAGAAGCAGGUGCUGAGGCAAGAGCUUACCCAAAUCCAGAACAUCAUGGCCAGCUCCAGCAAGAACCCCGGCACCUCCACCCUCAACACCAUGGCAACCUACCCCGGGUGCCACAAGGUCGCUCCAAGGUCUGAGACCCCCAUAAACAGCGUCAGUAACAGUUUGGAAAAUGUACUACAUACGUCAACACAUUCCAUUGAAGAGUCAUUACCCAAGAGACCUUCGGGGAAACACUCCAAAGUAAGUGUUGAAAAAGUGGAACUAAAGGGACUGGCACACAAGAAGAAUGAAAGAAAUGUUGAAUAUUCCUUUGAGGUCCUGUGGUCUGAUUCUUCAGUGACAGUGGUAACCAAAUCUUCCAUUGAAGUGACUGAAUUUAUUUCAAAGCUGUCUCAGCUGUAUCCAGAGGAAAACUUGGAGAAAUUCAUUCCUUGCCUAGCUGGUCCAGAUUCAUUUUACCUAGAACGGAACCACAUAGACUUGGAAUCAGACCUUAGGUAUUUGGCACCAUUACCUUCCCAUGUGGUGAAAAAUGACCACGUCAGAAAGUUCUUCAGCACUUCAUCACCUUCACAGCAGCUUCAGAGUUCAAAUCCUGGCAACUCCUCCAUUUAUAAAGUAGGAACUACACUAGGAACAUCUGGAAGACCUAUAUGUGGAGUGGCCGGCAUUCAGUCUUCUCAGAAUCACGUUCAGCACCCGGCUGCCGCUCCUGUUGCACUCCCCCACUGCUCCCAUUCAGGGGGUACCGGCUCGUCGCUGGGCUAUCGCACCCAGAUGGACGCCUCUUCGCCCAUGCUAAUGUCUUCCAGUCCACAGACCCCCCAGACACAGGAGCAGAAUGGGAUCUUAGACUGGCUCAGGAAACUGCGGUUGCACAAAUACUAUCCCGUCUUCAAACAGCUCACAAUGGAGAAGUUUCUGAGUCUUACCGAGGAAGAUCUGAAUAAGUUUGAAUCCCUCACCAUGGGAGCAAAGAAGAAACUCAAGACCCAACUGGAGUUGGAGAAAGAAAAAUCAGAGAAACGGUGCCUAAACUCCACAACAUCAUCUUCAGUUACCAGCAGUGGUGUGGCAAGGGUUCCCCCUACUACGCAUGUAGGGCCUAUCCAAAGUAUUCGUGGCAACCAUGCUGCAGAGCUGCGUGUGGAUGUGGAUCAGCCAGCCCACCCGCUGCCCCGGGAAGGCAGUUCUUCCGAGUACUCCAGCUCUUCUUCCAGCCCCAUGGGGAUCCAGACGAGGGAAGAGAGCUCAGACAGCGCUGAGGAGAAUGAGAGACGCUUAGAGAUUCACUUAGAGGGUUCAGAAAAGGAGAAGCCAGUGAUGUUACUGAAUCAUUUCACUUCGAGCUCUGCCAGACCCACAGCUCAGGUCUUGCCAGUGCAAAAUGAUGCAGGCUCCAAUCCGUCCGGUCACCAUGCUUUGCCAAUGCAAAUGAUGUCAGCGGCCUCCACUCAUAUCGCUCCCAUUCGAAUGCUAAAUUCAGUGCAUAAGUCAGAACGUGGCAAUGCAGACAUGAAGUUACUUUCAUCGUCUAUGCAUUCGCUGCUGUCUUUAGAAGAAAGAAAUAAAGUUUCUCCUGGACCUAGAGGCAGCAUAAAAAUGGAGAAGAGCUUUGGAAAUACAGUGGUGGAUGUAAUGUCUGCAUCUUCUCCCCAUCAGCCCUUGCAAGUGCUUUCGGGGGCUGCUGAGAACAAUUCGCCUACAUCUACUAUUAACUUUGGUCCUCGAACCAAAGUCGUACAUGCUUCAACUCUGGACAGAGUGAUAAAAACAGCUCAGCAGCCAGGAUUAAUAGUAGAAACAAGUACUGCUGCCACUGUAACAUCCAGCACAGUCUUCCAUGUAGCUCGCCCACCCAUCAAACUCCUGGUGUCGUCUUCUGUUCCUACUGAUUCUGCCAUUGCCGGACAGACUUCCUGCUCCAGUAAUAUGCAAAUAACAGUGUCUCCUGCAAUAAUAAAUCCCCGGACUGCUCUCUAUACAGCCAACACCAAAGUUGCCUUCUCUGCAAUGAGCAGCGUGCCAGUGGCGCCAAUGCAAGGCAGCUUCUGUGCGAACAGUAACGCAGCCUCCUCCAGCAGCCACCCCUCCACAUCGUUUGCAACCAUGGCAAAUUUGCCCAGCUGCCCUGCACCCAGUUCCAGCCCCACACUUUCCUCUGUUGCUGAGAACAAUUUCUACAGCAGCAGUAGCAGCAGCAGCAGUAGCAGCAGCAGCAGCAGUGGCUCUGCAGGGAGCAUCCCAGUACCAAACCAGAACCACCACCACCAUCACCACCAGCAGCAGCAGCCACAGCCGCCUGGGUGCAUGGUGUGCAGCUCCUGUGGGUGUAGUGGGAACUGUGGUUCGAGUGGUAUGACCGUCAGCUACGCUAACUAUUUUCAGCACCCGUUUUCAGGACCUUCAAUGUUUACUUUUCCAUUUCUGCCCUUCAGCCCUUUGUGUAGUAACGGCUAUAUCAACACGCAGCAGUACAACAGCAGCACGACUUUUCCAGUGGUCCACACUGCUUACAACAGUGGCAUAGCCCCGGACUCUGUAAUGAGCGGGCAGUCCACGUUUGCGGUACCGCCAAUGCAGAACUUUAUGGCAGGGACAGCAGGGGUGUAUCAGGCACAGGGAAUGAUGGGAAACAGCAAUGGUUCAAGUCACAAAAAAAACGGAAAUCUCUCCUGUUACAACUGUGGGGCCAGUGGUCACAGAGCUCAGGACUGCAAACAGCCUCCGAUGGAUUUCAAUCGACAAGGUACUUUUAGGCUGAAAUAUGCUCCUCCAUCUGAGAGUCUUGACUCCACAGACUGAUAUCUUAUCUGGCAAGAAAAUACUGUAAGCCAUGGAGACAUAAGGAGAUCGAAAUACAAAACUGAGACGUCCAGUGGCUGUUAAGCUUAAUGUAUUUUUUAAUCCAAAGGUGCUUUACUUUAUUAGACUAGGUAGAAAAUCUAGCUUAGGGGUGCAUCAAACCCAUUUUUGAUUGCCAAACUCAAGCUUGGAUCUUGUUGGAACUUCUCACUACGUGUCAUAGGACUGAUGCGUACUGGAGGGAUGGUGGAGCUGGCCAGCUGCGCUUUCUGUUGCAAGUACGACAUCCUGCGUAUUUUUUUGCUGGAGAAUGUUGCCAUAUUUGGACUUUCUAAGAUGAAACGUCUCACUCCAGGGCAGCUACAUUCUGAAGUGAAAGCUGGAGGUCAAAGGUAGGAGCGGCUGUUCGUCAGAAGGACUUUGGCACCCCUGGGCUAGGUAAAAUGUCUACUUUUUUUCAAAAGUGAUCAGGCACUAAUCUCUGGGAUUUUUAAGGAUUGCACUACAGAAGAAUGUAAAACUCUUCAAGCUUUCUGCACUUUUAGCAGACAGUGUCACUCUGAGACCAGUGCAAGAGGCAAAGAAGUUCCAACUUUUAAAAAUUGGCACCAGCAGGCUAUGUGACUUACUACACAAUAAAAAUCUUAAAUAAGUCUCUCCUUUCCCUUCCAAAAGAACACACAUGGCAGUUUUGGUUCCUUCUGGAAACAAACCUAUGCUUCAUUGUCUCGCUUAUUACUAAAUAGUGCUGGGUUACCAGCAAUGGAAUAAACUUAGUUUCCAAGGGUCCAAGUCCCAGAGACUCCAGAGUCAUAAAGGCUUCAAGGAUAUUUUCCGGUAAUACACAAACAAACUUUACGUCCUGUUACUGUAUAUAGGUCUCUUUCACAGAAACCUUAUUAUUCUGCUUUUGUAAAUGAAUUUUAAACCAUCCUAAAAAUGAACUCUGACAACAGAGUUUGUAAGCUUUUGCUUUACUUUAUAUUAAAAAAAAAACCUUUGACUCCUACCCCAAGGCUUUUGCUACAGGAUUCAAGAGUGGUAGAAGUCAAACAUGUAAAAGGUAGUAAACUUCAUUAUUAUCAAGACUUUGAAGGAUUUAUUGUCAGCCUCCUUCGUUGCAAUAGAUUGUAGAUGACUAGCUUUGGUGUUAACUACUUAGCGUACAUAAUUUGUGGAUGACAGAUCUAAAUUAGGACUUGAGAGGAAGCCAAACAAAUCUUGGACUGCUAAUUUGAAAUGGUUUGGUCCUGUCUUGCUGAAAGAAGAUACUAAUCCUCAUGGCUCACCCAAGGAAUUUGACACCAUGAAAUGGGUGAGGCCUCCUCUUUGAAACAUGUCUGACAGAGAUUUGCAUAAUGUAAUUUGGAAGACGCUUUUAAAGUCUGAAGCCUUGUUUACACUUGGAGGUUAUUUCUUACACCAAUUUAAACCACGCCAGGAUGGGAUAGUAUUUGUAGUGCUACAGCUUAUUUUGACUUGAAAAUGAAAAAAGUCGUAUCAGUGAAAGAGGUUUUAAAGUCGUGCAGAGCUGCUCAGAGGAAAUCAGGCCUUAGCAAUGAAACAUCAGUGUGAGUCGUUAGUGCGGUAGCUUGACAGUCAAGACCUUCUGGACCAUGGUGAUGGGAAAGAAAUGUUCUGGGCCAUCCUUCAGUCCCAUUUUCUGAAAGAGGGUAGUCAUCAGCUUCACCAGCGAGGCAACCACUGCUGGUCAGGACAGUGACAGAAGAGCAUCACUAGAGAGGCUUUGUAACCUCAGAUGGCAAGAAACCAAGCUUAGAACCAAACUUAGUCCAGAUAGCUAUUUGGAGGUCAUAACAGUUUUUGGCUUCGUGGAAACCAAAGUCUAAAUUUGUGUAACAUUUGGUUUAAAAAAUAUAUAUAUAUAUAUAUAUAUAUAUACACACAUGCAUAUAUAUAUAUUUCUAUGCAAUGAAAAAAAAUUCAAUCCGUGUAUUCUCAGCCCAGUUCACACUACACGCAGUAUUACAUACACUGCUGCAAUGCUUACCUUUGCUCUGCCUGUGUUUUGAGGAGGUUACCUGUAUUGUACUGAACAACUUUCAGACCUGUAACACUAAAGUGAUGAAAACUGACAAUGCAAUUUACUUUGCCUUAAUGAGCUUGAGACAAUAGUAGGAACAAUCUGUCAUACUGUAUUACUUUGAAGGAAAUGCGUGGUUUUCACUUACGAUGUUUACUAUUUACAGCUUUUGAGGGUCUCUCCAGUGGCCUGGAACAUGUGCUGAAAGCCAAACUUUAACAUUUUUUCACUUUUUUUAAACAAUAUUUUAAAACUGAAUUGUAUUUAAAUAAACUGUAUUUCAACACACAAGUGUAAAAAACCCUUUCUCAAAAUAGCAAAAAUCAACAGCAAAAAAAAAAAAAAAAAAGAAAGAAAGAAAAAAGAAAACAUUUUCUGUACUAGUUGUAUUUUGUUUUAAUGCCCAAGGUUGGGAAUGUAGUCUUGUCAAAUAUUCACCACAAAGUCAGAAGGACUAUAAAAUUGAACUUCUAUCCAGCAAACUUCUUGAAAAAAAUGUUUCAUUCCUAUCUUCAGAGCUUUCUUUGGGAUUGUUUCCUUUGUGUGAAGUUAAGGCUGAUGUUUCUUAAAGCGGCUUAUGUGUUCUUAUAGGUAACAUUUUUAAGUGGUGAAGUCUGAUUUUAGGCUAAGUUCAAAUUCAGAAGUCUUGAGUACCUUAAAGCAGCAUGAGUUUGAUACAGAACUGUUUGAUGGGCCAGCACUAAUUUCAGAGCCUCCCCUAAAUCAGUGAGUUGUGGCUUCAGAUCUGCUAGUGAACGCUGUUCACUUUGUACCAAGAACAACCAAAGUUCGUAAGUCUAAACAGAGCACUUUAGUUCCAUAAAAUAAUGCUUAAUCUGUUUUUAGAAGGCACAAAUCCAUCUUUUCUCCCCUCUCAAAAGUAAGGCAGUUUGCUUUAGCGUAGUAAUUCCAGCUUUGGUGGCUGAAAGAGCCAGUUCUUUAAACCUAUUUUUAUAUAUUGAAAAAUGGAGGUUUCAAAGUAUGCUAUUUAUUCGUUUCUUUGUCCUAAAAGUAUAAAAAGGAUUUGUUCUCAAAGUGGGUUUCACUGUGGAAUAAAAAUGAUUUUUUAAAAUGUAAGACAGAAGGGAAUCCCAAGUCAUCUCCCUGCAGGGGCACAGAGACGUUUCAGCGAUGAGUCGUCUUUUGGUGGAGUAAGUGAUGUGUGGUAGAAUUUCAGAGGUAUUUUCCACUUUGAAGUGGUGGUGGUGGAAAUACCAGAAACAGAAUGGAAUUUCCAGCAAACUCCUCAUCACAUGAGUAGUUCAUAAAUUAAACCUUAAUAAUAUGUCAUGUUUGACACUAAACAGUAGGAGACUGAGCAAAGAAGACUCAUUUUAGCAAGCAAGGUAUUGAUCACAGACUCCUAUAAUAAUUUUCCUUAAAAGAACACAUGUGAAGCUUCACUGUUGGUAAAACUUUUGAAAUAGCAUGUAUAUCCCAGUCAUUAAACCACGGCAAUUUAAGCAACAAAGUUCCUAAAUUAACUAAUUACCAGACCUUUACCAUCACCUCACAUUUAGUAUCCUGCUGUUUCUCGCUGGCAAGCUUCAGAGUGAAGGUACUCAAAAAAACGCCAGAACUUCGGUUGCGGUAUUUGGCAGAGCAACGAUGUUAAUGCUUCCCCUCGCGUCCCCCCCCC